AUGCCAGCUGAUCGCGCUGCCACGUCGUUGAAGAAGCGCCGCGGACUGGCUUGUCUGCCAGGUUCCGAAAUCAGAUGUAAGAAUUGCGAGAAUGCCAAGGUGGACUGCAAGUUUCUCGAAAAGACACCUCAUGAAGUGUACCUGGAAAGAUAUACAACAGAGCUGGAAGACCGGGUACAACAGCUCGAGGGGUACAUUCAGGCGCAGGCUUCGUCUUCUCGUCAGCACCAAGCAGGACCAGAACAUACACAACCAUCUCAAAGGAGACCUCACAGUGCCGAUGGAAGGGAGGGCGGGGAGAAUCUCGCGACAGGUGUCGGCUUUCUGAGUCUCAAUGCCGGAGCAGAGCCGGUGUAUCUUGGAGGGAGCUCUGGUGUGGGAUGGGCAACAGUACUGAUGCAGUCAAUGCGCCAAAAGUUCAUAUCUGCCCGCCCGAGAGUACCUCGUCCACCCCUCGGCAACCCCGUCUCUCCCCAGUCAUCCAACGACCACUCUGUAUCUCUACCCCCACCCCCGUCAGAGGCAAUCGGUAACCAUUACAUAUCCACCGUCUACGUCUGGAUACAGUCGCGAUACGGCUUUCUCGACUGGGUCGCUAUCCAAAGAUGGCAAGCAAAUGCAACAGAGCUCUGUAUGCUGCAGCCGCUUCAAUGGAAAGACGGAGGACUGCCAGAGGACGACAAGGUGAAGGAUUGCUACGGCGCUUUCUUUCUUUGGAUGAUCUACGGCCUCGGAGCGAAAUUGUGCGAGCGAGACCCACACAUCCCCCAUGCGUCCCACGAAGUCUACUACAAUGCCGCUUUGGCACACUUUUCACCUUUGUCGACAUACCAGUCGAUCUCCACCGUCCAGGCACUUCUUCUUCUCGUCGUCUACAUGUUCCGCCACACCUCCUCGGGACUGAACCUGUGGCAUGCAGGUGGCAUUGCGAUACGCUCUGCUAUUGAGCUGGGGCUACACCGUCGGAUCAAAAGCGUUGCUGCGAGGGAGAGAGAUCCGAGGGCGUAUUGUAUGCGGCAGCGGGUGUUUUGGGGAGCGUAUAUUCUGGACCGGAUGAUUUCGAUACAAUUCGGCCGGCCUUUCGCUGUCCAAGAUAGAGACAUCGACAUCGAGCUACCAGUCAACCUUGACGCCAACGUCGCAGACCAUGCUUCCCUAUGCAGCUUACUUUCAGCGCAAUCGACUAUGCUUGAAACAGUCCGUCCCGGCGAGGAGUAUCGAAAUGGCUACGGAGGCUUCUCAUCUAUGACCUCCUUCAUCCACACCAUCCGUUUAAACCAAAUCAAAACCAAGAUCCACGAGCUCGUCUACACUGUCGAUCACGCUUCGCCGCCAGAUCAGCAUGCUGUCAAUGAGCUGCUUGACGAGCUUGAGGCUUGGAAGGCGACGUACCCCGCGGAGCUUGAUAGUCGGGUGCCGGCGUGUUCGCAGGAAUUUUUCGACCUUGAAUACCACAAUUCUGUACAGAUACUGCUCCGGCCGCUUUGCGCAAAGAAGGACGCGGCAUUGUACUUUCUGCAUAGGUGUGCUUCCAGUGCUGGGGCGGUGCUCGAUAUCGAGUGCCAGCUUUUACGUCGAGAUUCCAAAAAUCUGGCCACAUGGGUUUUGGCCAAGAUUUUCAUGAGGUAUCGCCCACUUUGA